CGCGCCCAUGAUGGGGAGGGACUGGGCUUGUCUUUCGCGGGAAGCAAUUAAGAUUAAUGAUUUAUUUAUUGACCUAGCCCUAUCGAAUGCCUAUCCGAGCUGGAGAGCAGCUCGUUUCUGGCUCGUUUUUUUGUCACAGGCUUUGGAUUAGCCACAGGGAUAUCUGUGUGUGCGUUUGAAUGUUGACAAACGGCCACGCACGCUAGAAAGCUGCGAAAGAAAGUCGAACGGAAUGGAUGGAAGCAGCUAGUCUUACGCUGGGUUGGACUGCAUAGAUGCGACACGAGAUGCGAAGAUGUUGUUUAUGUCGAUCCGGACUGUCGAUGUACAAGCGGCGUAGGUUUCUUGUACCUGCCUGUCACACUCUAAUCUAAUCUCGCCUUUUUUUUUUGUCUCCUCUGUGUCAUGAUAAACAUGAGUCCUUGUUUUGUCACCAUCGCAAAUACAUCAAUCAUUCAGCCUGUCGAUUGGAACCGAUAGGAUAGCGACAUGGAGGAUAAAAUUAAGCCAGCUGGCGUUACUGCUACCGUUAGGUACAGCUCCAUGUAAACCCAGGUAGUGAUCUACUUUCCGACAGGGCAAACGAUCCUCUGUAUCUAGAUUCAGGUAACACCAGCAAACAAAACAGAAGAAGAAAGGAUCCUGUCUUCCACUCGGGAACCGGGAUCCGCUGAGCUGAUUUUAAUCCUCAAUAUUUACUUCUCGCUACAAGCUACAAGUCUCUCGUUGAAGGAUAUCGAUGCAUGCUCCUAUCCUCCCUGUGUACCGUUGAGCCGGUUUCUUUUUGCUUUUCAAUGACAUUACACGCGACAGCCCGAAAGGCGGAUAAUCUCAUCGCUUUAAUCCACACGCACUCAGUGGAUGCCCUCCCGUGGCGAAGGCCCAGCAGGGUACGAAAGAUGAUCGGUACGCAAAAGAUCAAUAUAAUCAUCGCAAAAGGGAGUUGUCCUUCGCGGUCGUGUGUGAGACUUGGUUAAAGGGAGGGAAUCCUUGGGAAGUGGUGUCUGUAUGUUGGGCAGGAAAAAUAGGACACUCCUCUUGGGAGGUUUUAAGGCUGGUGGCUCUGCCUGCUAAUGAGUAGGUUGAACCGAGCGGCCCUGUGCCAAUUGGAUGAAUAAUGGUAAUCGGUAUGGGAUAAAGGGUUGGUAGUUUCUUUUGGUAUGAUAUAUCAUUGCAAUAAGACCGAUUCUUGGUCUGCCACAGAGCGAAGAAUUAAAUGUUGUCUGAGGGUCUGAGAGUUUGCAGAUCCAGGUCAUGGCAGAAUCAUUCAAUAUCCCUUUACAACCAACAUUAAAGGGAAAUAAUACUUCUGAUUGCUUUAUUUGCAAGCAUUGACAUCUAUUAGACAAGUCUUACGAUUAACUUUAGAAAAUUAAACUGCUCCUUAAACUGCAUCAUUCCCGUCCAUGACCUUCCACAUCUUUGGGCAUGAUCCGGCGCCACUGCUUUGUUUGCUUUAAAAAUAAACAUAGUUUAUUCACUUUUCAAGCGACCAUCCCGGCACCAUAAAGAACUCCGUGUCCGAUUGAAGGGAAAAAAUGUUUUAAAAUAACCCUUUUCAUUUAUGCUUCCCCUAAUGUGAGUUCGGGUUGUGCCUCGGGGUACCUUUCACAUGGGUUUUUUUUCUGUUUUUCAAUCGGUGGAAAACUACACGUACCACAUGGCCGUCACGUUUCCGGGUUCUAGUCAUAAACCAAAAAAGCAUCAUCUCUGUGUCGUAUAAAAAUAGGGUAGCAAAACAAAGAAGCAACGAGCUGUACUUUCAAAGGCUAUCCUUUUUUUACCCCUUCUUUUUUGUGUCAUUGAGCCGAAACGACCCAUUCGCCGGGAGUAAAGUAAAUCACACCUAUCCCAAUUAAUAUCUUCCUCGAUAAUUAGCCCCGCGCAAUGAUGGGUUCGAUUCGUUUCAUACGGCUUAAAAGGUUAGGUACCCCUUCCGUGGAGGGUUAGCAUUUUAGUGUCAACCGAUUUUGGGAUACAGAAAGCAGCUUAGAUUCGGUUACCGGCUGGCAGUAAGUCGUACAGCAAACAGCAAGCGAGCAGUUAACCCAAAAUCAAUUGCUUGCCGGGUGAAAGGUAUCGCAUGUGCGAUGUAACAUUAAUACCGGCAACACACCGUUCCCUGGAGGAGCAUUACAGCUGAGCGAACCCCUGGGGAAAUCUGCAUGUCAAUGGGAUGUUGCAGUUGCAGCACUGUAGCGAGAUUGCAUCACAUCUAUUUCCCUUUCUGUACGUGAUCAACAGCUGGCUGCAGGUUUCGGUUGCCGCUGUGUGCACCGGGAAACCGGGUCGAGUGCCGUUUUAGUGGAAGCCUUUUCUCCCCAGUAUCAAUUACCAAACCUACCUAUGCUAGUUUCCCAUCUACAGCUGUGGACAAAAAACGCACACGCACUCUAUUCGCUGUGUUGCCCUAAAUGAGACCUCAAACGCACAAUUUCUGUCGCAUUCGCCGCGGCGCACAAGCGCAGUCCGCCCCGAGCCAGUGUCGAGCCGAUUUGAUGUAUUUCUCUUCUUUUUUAUGUGUUUGGUUGCUAUCUGCAGCAUGCAUUCUGGCUCCAUGCAAGUUUUACGGCCCGGAAAUGAAUUUGAAGAAAUGUGUUUCAAACGCUUUUCCACGGAAAAAAAAGGUGCAACAUACGCGAUUGUGACCAAAAGUUGACGGGCUCUUGAAGGGCUCUCUCGACACGGCACACGGCAUAAAAGGUGUGUCCCGCGCUGGAUCGAUUUUGGGAUGGUAUUUAUGUUUCGGGUGAAAUUUGAUUGAAUUUCAACGGCCACACGACCACAUGGCUCCUAUUGUGGAAGUGUUUGAAAGAGGCAUUUGGGUGGAUUAAAAACGGUUUUAAUCUGAUGGCUUCUUUUUGUAUUCGUUGCGUAAAGUAAAACUAUUCAGAUUCGCUAUUUUUUGCCUGAGUAUUUGUAUGUUAGAUUAAAACUAGAAUGACACAAUUUGAAAUGAACAGUUUGCAGAUGCAAUGAGUGGAAAUAAUAGCUACGAGUGUAAACAUCCACAACACACAAAUUGCUUUCCAAUCUAAAUCUAGCCCAAAACCGGAAGCUGAUGCGUGAGAAAAUGCAGGAAUUCAACUACAAAAUCCUCUAUUUGACAAUGCAUUUCAGAGUUGAUUGCUUUCCGAAUGCAGAACCAAAACUAACCAUGAUGUUUAUUUGGUCAAUACGUAGCAAAAGCUAACAAGCGUAACUAUUUGAAGAAUUUAAAGAAGUGAAACAUUCUCGGCAUAGAUCGUACAUUCUCGCAUUGCAAGAGACAAAACAUUCCUUCACACGUGUGCGUGAUCUUCCUUCAAAUUCCUUUCUCCAUUCGCCUGUCUGCCAAGUUAUCAAACCUGGCCUCAAUGUAGUUCAAUUCAAUCUCCCGUUCCAUAAAUAAGUCAUUCAACUUCUUCCAACGUCUGAUAGAAACUAAAGCCUUGCUGAACGAACUCCACUGACGGACCAGACGCCAGGCAAGAUAAUUCCUGCAAUGCGUGUAGACAUUUCAACUAUUUUGUCUACUUUGUCGAGUGCAAUUCCCCAUGCAGCCCCUCGACCACCUCGGAUGGCAUGCAAGUGCAUAAAUCGAUGUCAAUCGACGAGCGAACGUGUUUACUGCCGUACGAUCCUGUUUCGUAGGGGAAGAUCUUCUCCUCCCUAUAUGGCCGAUUUUGAUCGCAGUGGAGUGAAGAAAAAACAGAGCACGCAUAGGGUGGCUCAAAUACGCACACACACACUAGUCUGCAGUCCGGUUUAUCGUCUGGUGUCUCGAAUGAAUCAAUCCAUUGCCAAAAUAUUGUAUUCACCGUCAAUAAAUUAGAAACCUUCUCGAAGCUAGCCAUUGGCCAUUGGCUAUAUCUGAGCACCGUAUAACACAGAUUUCGCUUAACCGGCAAAAGAUUAAGCCGAAACGGCUCGAUCAUCUACAAAUAGACUAGAAAGGGUGCGUGUUGCCUUGGAAGAAUGCGGAGCCACAAGCGGCUUUGAACUGGAUUUUGGCUCGCGCCAUCACGCGCCACUGAAAGAAGCCUGAUUUAUGCUUCCUCUCAACGCAGAUUGUAAUCGUAGGCGAUUGAAGAUAAUCUUGGAUUGGUAACAGGUACCAUCGAGUCAUUUGUACAGAAACUAGCACAUGAAUUAGAGCGUAUGACAAGAACCUUCAGCACAUUCUUGGUGCAAUAAAUUCUAACUGACCGAAAAACAACGUUCCAUCGGCUAAUAAGCUUCACUAAUAAGCAUACUUUGCGGUGAUGUAAGACUGUUAACAUUUGGAACAGGUUCUAUCAAUCAAUUUGUAUUUACCAGUAUAGACAAUGACGAGUAUUAAGCGCUUCAUUAAGCGUGUAAUAAAAACAAUCCCAAGAGAACUUCAACCGCAACGCAUGCUUGAAUAAAUUAUAAUUUGCGCAGACCUGUUUGUAUGGUUGGAGCCUUCCAUCUACUGCCUGCAAGAACGGUACAAAGCUCCACCGUGAGUCAUGAACUCUAUCGGUGCUUCCCCGGACUUUUUUGCUCAGCAGGAGUUCGCUGGGGAGUUCCCCGAAUUCCUAAAAAGGGAAGCAUUCACCUUUGGCACCUUAUCCUCAGUAAAUAGACAACGGAAUAGCUCUGCAUCGGGCGAGUGCUACUUGCCGACUUACUACAAAAGCAGGAACGAUUCCGUUCUGUUGUCUCAGACACAGGGAUACCACGCACGAGGCCACACCGAACCGCAGCAAGAUGGCACUCCUCCAUCGAGUUGCUCUCUUCACCACCCUAGCGAUGGCCGUUUGUGGUGCAGAACUGUUUACACAAACUGUGCCGGACGAUUUCUACCAGCGCAAAGAUCUCAGCGACUGUCUGGAACGGUUUCAUGCACCGAAGCUGUACGACAGCCAGUGUUUAAUAUUCGGUGGCACACAGGUGAAUGUGACCGAGUUCCCCCAUAUGGCCGUGCUUGGCUGGAAGGUGGAAGAGCUCGGCGAAGGUGCUGACAGUGGUGACGAUGGUGCUGGUGUACGGUGGCAGUGCGGUGGAUCACUCAUUACGGUGAAGUUCGUGCUGACGGCAGCACACUGUGCGGCAGACGCAAACAACAUCCCGCCCCGGUUGGUACGGUUGGGAGAUGUAAAUCUCGCCUCGACGAAAGAUGAUGCAUACGCGCAGCAGUUCGACAUCCUACGUAUCGUGCGUCACCCGGAGCAUCGCUUCUCGAGGAAGUACUUUGAUCUAGCUCUCGUAGAGCUGGACGGUGUCGUAAGACUUACAGAAGGCGUUUGUCCGACAUGUUUGUGGACAAACAGCAAAGUCCUACCAGCGCAAUUCUUUCAAACGGCCGGCUUUGGUGAAAUAACCUUGGGUGGAGGAUCGGUGCCGACACUGCUGAAAACUGCGCUAAGUGCAACCGAUUCCAUCGAGUGCUCCGAAUCGUUCAAAUACAUACGCGGCCUACCGGAAGGCAUCAGGCAUGAUCAAGUGUGUGCCUCCAUGCUAAACGCUGACACUUGCCAGGGUGAUUCGGGUGGACCGCUGCAAGUCUCGCUACGCAGCUACAGCACCGAGCACCCGUUCCUAGUGGCGCUGACGUCGUUCGGAAGGGGCUGCGGGAUAGGAUCGUCGGGCGUUUAUCAGCAGGUAGCCGCCCACAUUCCGUGGAUCGAAUCGGUAGUAAACGAAACCAUGGAUCCGGUUCGUUGCACCGAGAAGUAUGGGGCGUUCCGGUUGAUUCGCUCGCUGGAGCCGGAGUGUAGCUUGCGGGGGCAUAGGAAGAGCCGUGUCCGGUUUCUGUGGCCUGAAGGAGAACAGGACGUCAAGCAGUAUUGCAGUGGAACGCUGAUUGAUUACAACACGGUGCUAACGUCGGCAAGUUGUACCAAAAACACUGCCGGCGUUCAUCCAGUGGAGGUAGAGAUUUUGGAAGAAAGAGUGAAAAUUGUGGAAAUUCAAGUACAUCCACAGUUUCAAGAGUUGUCACCACACCACAACCUAGCAUUGGUGCGCUUGGAAAAGUACCUAAAUGAUACCGAACAUAUAGCACCGAGUUGCAUGCCGCUCCCGAAAAGCUCUGAAAUAUGCACCGAUCGUCAAACGCACGAUCCUGUAGCUUGUUGGGAUAAGUUCGCAGAAAGAACCAAGCGGAAUCUGCUGAACAAACUUUGCUCCUCACAAAACAUACGCUCCAGUACGGUGAGAUUGAUCUGGUCGGCUCAAGAUGACCAACAACAAACAUGUGUAGGAACGGUGAUAAAACCUGACACUGUAAUCACUUCAAUACGGUGUUUGGUCGAACACAGUGACACACCUCCGGUGGAAGUUGCGUUCCAUGAUAUGGGUAAUGAGAGGCGAGUAAAGGUUGUGAAAACUCUGAAACAUCCCGGAAAUAAGAAAGGAAGCCGUAACCGUGACACUGCACUGCUGCUGUUAGCCGAACCGCUUGAAAACCUGAUACCAAACUGCAUUCAAAGCUUGGUUGCUGACAAACGGUUCAACAGAACGCAGGUGCCUGUUUACAAGCAACAAAAAUCAGCAGGAAUUCUUGGACUUCCGGCAAGCCGAAUGUGCAAAGGUCGUAUGCUGGACAGCUUCCGAGAGUUGGUAGGUGAAACCGUUGCUCACAGUUCACAAUACACAUGCUGGGAUACGGACCAACGGCUUGUCCCCGGAACGAUCCCCGUCGUACGCGGGGCAGGUUUGUUGGAUGAAUCUAAUCGUUUCAUCCACGGUGUGACGACAGAUUUUAGCACCUACGGAUCCGUAGAUCCCCUGAUAAGUGUAAACCUUACCUCAUACACCGACUGGAUAACGCGCUUUGUACUGUACCGACCACCGAAGCUAGAGCUUGUGUUUCGUGGUGGUGAGGAUGAGUUCGAUUUCGGCAGCAGCUGUGUGCUGAAGAAUGGCACCACGGGCAACUGCAUGCCGGAAUAUGGUUGCGAGCGCACAAUUAAUGAGGCGAAAAGUGUGCAAGACAUUACGAUUUGUGGGUUUGAGGGAACUGUCAGUUAUGUUUGCUGCCCUAUAGGUCAUCAGGAUUUUCUACCAAUUCCCGAGAUAGAGCAUCCGUCCGUUGUUAGUUUGUUACGUUCGCUACCGUAUGAGAACGUCCGGCUCGUUGCCUUUGAGUGACUGACUAGAUUGUAAGUCCGUGCGUACUUUUGUAGAAUGUGUGUAAUAGAAGAAGAAGAACAUACCUGAAAUUAAAGAAUAAGAACAAAUACAAAUGGUAUGUUAGAAUGAGCGGCAAUUAAGGAAGAAAGCCAAAAUGGCAUCUGAUUUGUUUGUUUA